AAUCUGUCAGACGUAUGUCAAUCAACGAGUGAUGCGUGAAAUUUGUUUGAAAGCCCUGCCUUUAUCCAGUAUGUAUCAAAUUCAUUUUCGUUUCGGUCUUAAUUAAGAAAUUGUUCAAAUAAAAAUUCGUCUGCCGUUUAACACAGUGGAAAUGACAACGAAUCGAACGUUAUUAAAAUAAAGUUGGAACAUUUGUUGUUGACAUAGCUCAAUAAUGUUUAAGUUGGAUUAUUAUAACCAUGUUCCCACAAAAAUGUACGGCUUUCGCAGUAUCUUGGGAUUUGUUUCGCUACCGAAUUAUUCCGACAAAUUACAAGGUGUACCACUGGCAAACUUCGGAAUAUUUUUCAUUUAAAAGGUUGUUUACGCUAAUAUAUAUCAAAAUGGUUUCCUGAAAUUAUAUAUUUGAAUAGACAACGCUACUACAUGUUCAAAAAUGACCAUAGACACAAAAGGUAAUUCGACAAGUUUUAUCAAGCCCGAUCCGAUUCAAGAUGAUCAUCCUUCGGAUAUUGUCGAUGAGGAACAAAUUCAGUUUUGCCUGGACCCCAAACUGCAGACAUAUCUGGCGCAGAUGUCUCAAGAAUCAGGCUGUUGGGGAAAGUUUUUUCCAAUACCGUUUGAACGGGCAUCCCGAAGAUCAUGGUGGGACCCCACUUUCGAUUCUGAAAUACUCGAGGAACAAUACAAGAAAAGCUCUUAUCCCCAUAAUAGAUUUAAGUUUAGAUACUGUCUGUGGUACAUGAUUUUCGUUUCAACGUCGUGGUUAAUUUAUAUAUUAGUGGUCGGAUCCCUUGGAGACAUUAGGCAGUGGCCGUUUGUAUGUGGGCUUUUCGCUGUCCGUCUAGCGUUUACAUGUUUGGCCUUAUGCAUAACUUAUACAAGGAUAUAUCAACGACAUAUGACCACAAUUUCUUUCGGCCUAGCCAUAUUGCUUGUGAUGAUGAGUUUUACUCUCAUGGUAAUGGCUCAACCUAUACCAAUUGGCCAUUUUUCAAUAUGCGUCCAAUUAUUGAUAUUAAUAUAUACCCUGAUACCAAUAAAGUUGUAUAUGUGUUUGACUUUGGCAGUUUUCUAUUCGUUUACUUUUGAACUGCUCAGCGCCUUUUUGACUAUGACGGUCAAUAAAGAAAGUGAGGAUGCCUACUCGAUUGUGACAAGGAUAAUUUGCCACAUAGCUAUACACGUGAUUGGACUGCACAUUUUUUUAAUAAGUAACGUGCGGAUGAGGCACACGUUUAUGAAAGUUGGACAAAGUUUGCUCGUCAGAAAACAGCUUGAACUGGAGAAGAGGCUAAAGGAAAACAUGAUUCACUCUUUGAUGCCGCCUAGUGUGGCCAAUUGGCUACUGCAUGAGGAUGAAAACUUCACCAGGAGGCAAUCAUCAGACUCAGCAAAUGAUAUUCGUUCCAUAUUCAGACCAUUUAAUAUGGACAAUAUGGAAAAUGUGAGCAUUCUCUUUGCUGAUAUCGUAGGAUUCACGAAAAUGUCCAGUAACAAAAGCGCCGAGGAACUAGUGGAAAUACUCAACAAUUUAUUUCAAAGGUUCGAUGAUUUGUGCAAAGUUCAUCAUUGUGAAAAAAUAUCAACUUUGGGUGAUUGUUACUACUGUGUAUCUGGCUGUCCGCAAGCUAGGCAAGAUCAUGCACAGUGUUGUGUGGAAAUGGGGCUAAGUAUGAUUGAAGCAAUUAAAAAGUUUGAUCAAGAGAAACACGAGGGUAUUAAUAUGAGAGUAGGAAUUCACACGGGUACCGUGUUGUGUGGAAUUGUGGGUACUAAGCGUUUCAAGUUUGACGUUUGGAGUAAUGACGUUACUUUGGCUAAUAAAAUGGAGAGCACGGGCAAGCCUGGAAUGGUUCACGUGUCAGAAAAGACAGUCAGUUUCUUGAAUAAUAUGUAUUUGUUGGAUGAAGGUGAUAUUGUUUCAGGUCUAACGACUUACUUUAUUUUGGGUCGUAAAGGCGAGAAUAUUCCUUCCUAUCAAGGGAGCUUCCGGGCGGAAGGUCGACAAAAGUACACCAACUCACUCCAGCUUGUAGUGUCACCACCGGCGUCAGCAUCGUUCUCACCUCAAAGCAGACCUAGAGUAUUAUCUUGUGACACAUCACAUAUUAAAUCCACUCAAAACAAAAAGUACCUGUCUCCAGAUUCCUACAUCAUAAAAGCCAAUAGUUUGCCAAGUAUUUUAGAUUCUGAAAAUGAACAAGAUAUUAAUGAAGGAACAAAUUUAGAAAUCGUAAAGACUCCAACUUCAACAGCCAGUUCUGGAAAAUACUCAAUGAAGUUGAAAAAUUGGAAAAUACCCAAAUUUAGGCGAAAAACUGAAACUAACAACGUAAAGCCUGAGAUAGAUGUGGAUUUUGUGUCAGGAACGACAGAACCAAGUGACGAUGGAUACCAACAGAUACCUACUAUUAUCGAGUGCAAUACAAUAAACGGUAAAAAAAAGAAUUCGUGCGCUACUCUAGUAAAAUAUGAAGAUAUACCCGCUUUUAAAGAAUCCAUUGAUAUCAAAUCAUACAUCAGUCAUUCAAGAAGCGACAUUGGACAGUUUGAUUACUCUCCCACUCCGGAAUUUCUUAGAGGGGGCAGUUAUAGGUCUCAAUUCGGCAGAUCCUAUAACGGCGACUUCGUUAUAUUGAACAGAGCGGGAAGCAGCAGAUCUAGACGGGGCAGAUCGCCAAAUUUGGAAAGUAUAGAACCUAUAGAACGCGCGAGAAGCGCUACAGUCGCUGCCGGAAAUUUUCCCAGGUUUAAACGUUCACUUGAUGUGCCGAGCAGGUUGUCUAGUGUGAUUAAACUGGAUGAAAAUUCGCCCCACAGCCGAAAAGAUUCCGGAAUCAAGAGUAAUAGUAGAAGAAGUAGUAUACAACAGAUCGACACAUCGCUGUUAAACUCGGAGAUUCUGCAUCAUCGAGUAUCGGGCUAUUACACAUCAAGCCAGAGUUCUAUGAACUCUCAUUUGCCGAAACUAGUGAACAGCAAUCCCCAUGGACCUUUUUUCGAAAAGUUCGGAGUAGGCAUUCAAAACUUGAGGAAGCAGUCUGAUAGGCAACUCAUCAAGUGCGUUCAGGACAAUUCCAGAUCUCAAUGCUCGUAUUUUAUUAAGCCGCCACUAUCACCCUGGACGCUCUUCUUUCAAAACAAAGACAUGGAACAAGAAUACAGGGAAAACGUGCAUCACAUUCAACCGACUACUCAAAUAGAUACUCUCGCUAAUUCUAGGUUCAACACAUACCUUGACGUCUUUGUUUCCAUUAUGGUGUUUUUCAUAACGUCUUUUGGACUGGCGUUCGUUUACGGAUUGACUGAAUUUUGGUUGAUAGCUUUCUUCUGUCUGCUUUUGUUGCAGUUGCUUAACUUUCCCCUGUGUUUCGUGUCAGUAGUGAGGUGGACGGAUCGGAUAUGUCGGUGUACGAGUAGAUUUUAUAGAUGGAACAUGUUCGGUGCGGUUUUAGUUAGUUUGCCGCUGAUUUCAGUUGUCAUUAACUUUGUGCCAGAAAGAAAUGAAACAUAUUUUCAUUUACACAUGUACACUUACCUACUGUUUGUAGGGCUGAUACACUUUUGCAACUUUACUCAACUCAAUUGCUGGAUGAAAAGUGUCAUAGCGACCAUGAUUUCUGUAAUUUUCACUGUACUUUUUAUGAGCAGUCCGUGCGAAUUUUUUGAGGUAGUUAACAACAGUACCGAAUUGGACAAUAAUCCUCCAUUCUUGCUUGCUUUGAAUAACAAUUUCAGCGUCAGCAGUGCGUUGCCACUUAAAGGUGACAAGGCCUGCUACCUGAAAAACUCAGAGGUAACGAUGAACCUGUUAAUGCUCCUGGUUUUGGUGUGGAUGUUGAAUAGGGAAUUUGAAAUCGGAUAUAGAUUAGGUUUCCACUCAAAUUACAUAGCGAAUCGUGACAAGAGCCACGUCCAAAGUCUAAAGAACCAAGCCGACUACCUCAUUUACAACAUAGUACCGGAACACGUCGCGGAACAGCUAAAAAAAGACGCCAAAUACUCGGAAAACUUCCAAGAGGUGGCGAUUAUAUUCGCCAGCAUUGUUAAUUUUAACGAGAUGUACGACGAGAGUUUCGAAGGCGGUCGGGAAUACCUGCGAGUUCUCAACGAACUCAUCGGCGAUUUUGACGAACUAUUGGACAAGAAAGAGUUCCAUUGCGUAGAGAAAAUAAAGACGAUCGGUUCGACAUUUAUGGCGGCUAGCGGACUCGACUCGCUGAUGCGCACCCAGCAGAAAGAUCCACACGAGCACCUGUACGCGCUUAUGGAUUUCGCGAUCGAGAUGCAGCGCGUGGUUGAAGAAUUCAACAGAGAUUUACUAGAAUUCGAUUUAAUUAUUAGAAUUGGUUACAAUUUUGGAGACGUGACUGCCGCGGUCAUAGGUAACACAAAACUGUAUUAUGACGUGUGGGGCGACGCGGUGAACAUUGCGUCUAGAAUGGACAGUACUGGCGUCAACGGGCACAUUCAGGUUGGCGAACAUUGCUUGUCAAUUUUGGAGAAGAAGUAUGAAUUCGAACCACGAGGGUCAGUGUACGUCAAAGGUAAGGAUCACAUGAAUGUUUAUUUAUUGAAGAAAAAGAAAGAAUCUGAGUGCACAUAUAUUCCUGAAAUGGCCACGUGAUUGUAAUUACAUUGUUAAAGUCAGUGAUGGAUAUUAUUUAAAUUGUUCUGAAAAUGAUGAAGCACGAGUGACGUUCCAAUAUGAUCAGUAUCUACCAUUUUUUGAACAACUUGGUUUGAGAAACAUCUUGCAAAUUGCAAAAGUUUACAGUCCAGUGAAUUGGCAGUUUGCUGUUAAUUGAUAUUUUCUGAUUUAGUUUGGCUAUUCCCUCUUAUAUCCACUGGAAGCUAGUUUAAUUGCAAGUAAAUUGAUAAAGUAUGAGAUCUCAAUCUAAAGUCACCCAAAAAACGAGAGUAAAAUGUAUGAUAUGUGGUUUUGAUUUUCUCACCUGACCUGUCCUAGUCUAAGAAUAUGUGAUUUUUUAUAUGCAUAUGACUGCCCUGGCCACUAUCAGGUACAUCAUACAUUUUGUUCUAUUGUGGUAUAACAAAACGCGGCUCAAUGUUCCCAAACAUUUAAGAAAUUUGAACGGUGGCUAGGACAAUCGAUUAAUUGAAACACAUUUUUGCGAUCCCGGGCUCUAAAAAUUUAUUGGUCAAGUGAUUAAAGUCAUCCAUUUUCUUAAUUAGCCUAAAAAUUUAUUAAUGUGACAUACGAACCCCAUUUAACCAUCAUUUUUGUUUGAAAAUUUGACAGGCCAAAAGUCUCGUUAACGACCAUCAUAUCAUUGUAAUGUCAGUGGAAGUUUUGUAAUCGGAGGUUGUAGCUUCAUAUAGCAGAGAUAUUCGGUAUUGAAAUAGGUAUAUGUAUUAAUUAUUACAAGCUAUAUGUAUAAUCUAGAAAUUUCUGAUGAAUGUUAUUUAGUGAAUAGGAAAUUAUACAGUUUAACUUCUAGAGGUUUCAAUUUGGUAAACACCGUUUAUCUGUAUACAUUUUUACUUUCCGUCUUUUUACCAAAGAUAAUACUAUGCGGCGAAACAUUUGUUUAUCAUUGCAGAACACUAGAAUCGGAAGUAAUAACUGUGAUAUAUUGUAAUUGAAAACAAGCAUACUUAUGAGCAACAAAUGGCUUUAAUAUAAUUUAAACAAGUUUACCAGGUGUUGUUAGCCUAUAAUUAAAUGUAACAAAAUUACUAGAUAAUCUGUUAAAUGGAGUGUGCAAUGUUAGAUGAAAUUAAAAACAAAUCGUGUCUAUAUAAUCAAUGUACCCAAGAGUACAAUAAAACUUUUAAAUAUUUUUAAUAACACUGUAUGAAUAUUAAUUUCAAUCACGAAUGCUAAUGGCCGAAAGUUUUUUACAAAUUUGUUGCCGUCGACAACAUGCUAACGAAUACGGUGAUGGUCUAUUCCGUUAUAUUUUAGCAGAUAUAAACUUUUUAGCUAUCGAAAGCUGACUAAACACCAAUUAUAUUUAGCUUUAAGGUUAAUAAGUGAUCACUGCGACAAUUAAAAUUUCAUUUGUAAAAGGGAGUCCACAGACAAAACUGACAACAUAAAAUUCUAAUUGUUCUGGAAAGAUUUUUUGAUGUUGCAAUUAAGCGUGAUCAUCCUUUAACGAGGCAAAUAGCCCAUACCUAUAUUACGACAUUUUUUAAUUUAAAAUAAUGCCUUCCCUUAGCCUUCUAGCUACAUUGUAGCAAAUUUUUAUACAAUGCACAGUACAACAUUAUUUUAUAUGGUGCGAAGGAACCAAUAGUCAACCGUUUCUGCCUAUUACAUAUUUACUAAACGAGCCAAACCAGAAAUCUUUUUAUAGUAUAUAAAUAUAGAUUUAUACAUCUUCAAAAUAUACCAAAGAAAAGCAUAAUUUUAUCGCGUAGUAGACCGCCGUCUAGACCCAGAAUUUGUAAGAAAUAUUUUAUAAGGUUUGUAUGUAUUUAAGACGUAUGAAACAAUUAAAGGCUACUAACGAUCCUAAGAAUGUUCACAAAUUGUCAAUUUGACAUUAAAAAUUCAUAUCUCACAUACGAAACGAGUUGAGCGCAAGGACAAAUUAAUCAAUCGAGUAACAUUAUUAUAUUCAUUUGUCUUAUCAGAUACAAGAUUUUUUCAUUCAUGGCAACUCAAUUUUACAUUUAUUUUAGUUUUUGCAGUUAUGUCACAAAAAUAUCUAUAUACCUACUUUAAUUGUGUAUUUAUUUGCAUUUAGUUGAAAGCGAAGAAGACUGUAUUCGGUAUUUUUGAUUAGUUUCUAGUUAUGUAUAUAAAUAUUUAAUUUAUAAUUUGGAAUGGAUGGUGUUUCACUUACGCAGUCAACGUAAAUAUGUCUUUAGAAAAAUGAAAUAAUUAUAUGCCUUUAAUAGAUUUAUUUCGUUAAAACUAUAAGGUGUAUAAAGAAAUAAACAAUCUUGUAUGCGGUAGCUUUAAUCAACUGCUUGUUCCUAACAUCUUUGAAUAAUGUAGCAAUUAGGGAAUUUAGCAAACUAUUAUAGUGAUAUUCCUCUUCGCAUCGAAACUUUCAGCGUACCGGGUCCAAAUAUUUAGAUUAAGUAUGUGAAAUACACUAUUGCAGUAAGUCGCUGCUUUUUGAUAUACAGUUUAAACUGAUUUUAAUUUAUAUCUGUGUAGAUGGUCUGAAGCUCUAUAUAUUUCUAUACGCGACAACUUUCAUUGUAAUUAUGGCAAAUCGUUUUAAAUCCUUGGUUACCAUUGUAAAUAUUUUUUAUGCAAUUGUUAUCAAUAUUAUGUACAUUAUUCUGUUUUAAAUGUAUAUUUAUACUAUAUUUUCCGAUUAUUUAUUUUGUGCAUAGAAAGAGCAUGUUUUGAAAGUGCCUUCUCUUUCCAUUUGUUUUUCGUUGCAUAAUAAACAAUAUUACCCGUCCUCUUUAC